AAUAGCUCGGAGCUUUCAGAUCAUCGAAGGAUCUCUCAAAGUACGAAAUGCACAACUCAGCUUCCUACACGUGCCGGAGAUGUCUGACAGCGAUCAGAGCUGUGUCUCGCACUCGACAACAUCCAUCCCAAUCGAUACGACUGCAGUUAAGCUCGAGGGGCAUAUCUACAGCACAAAAGCCAGGAACAAAGCUUGAUGGAAGUCUGCAAACUAGACAGGCGACGUCUCAGUCACCUCUAGGAACACGAGGAGUAUCAUCAGUUGGACAAAGGGGGCAGACCGUCAAGAACGAACCUCCAGAAUACCGGAGCCCAGGUGGGCUAGAGUCGACUCCAGUUCCUGAGACUGAAGGACGACCUCUUCUUAUGCCAAACAACCUAUUUCACCCCUUUUCGACAUCUCCAUCACCAGAUAUUAGAAAACGAGCCACGUUCAUAAAACAGAAUGCGUAUUGCCCGCACCCAGAUCAUCACCAGACUCGUUUGCCAAUGAAUCCAGACGACCCAGAAGCACGAAAGCCUGCUACAGGGGGGAUGCCAGCCAAGCAUGUAAGCUUUGAAUGUCCAGACUGUGGUAUACCAGUGGCAUGCUGUGAAGAGCAUUGGGUGGACGAUUACGAAGCACAUUUGGAGAUAUGUGAUACAUUAAGAGAGAUCAAUGAGGAUGAUCACGAUUUGCGUUCUGGCCGCUUCUUUCCUGAGUUUGAAUACCCAGGUGAUCAGAUCGAAGAAGCGAUGGUUAAUAUGACCAAUUGGGAUACAUUUUUGUUUUCGAGGGAGUUUAGAGCUAUCAAUGACGAAAGGAGUUUGAGGCAAGCUACGAGAUUAUUGACAUAUCCAAUUACAAUUGGAAGUGUCUUGCAUGAAUUGAGCCCAUACGACAUUAAGAAGGGUGGUCGAUUAACUGUAGAGGGACUGAAGAGCUUGAGUGCCCUUCGGUAUACCCUUCAUCCUCCACGAUCAGGUGGAGGAGCAGAUAUCAAAGGCCUCCGACCAACCCCGCCACCGGUUCGAAUCUUCAUUCUUGGAGCCCGUGCUGAAUCUUCCCUGCCUAGAGAAGUCUGGGUGCAAUUGACGCACUUGUUCCCAAGAGUUGCUUUUCAUCUCAUAUUUAUCGGCCCUGAAAGCAUGGCAAACAGGGAUUCAGAGUUUCCGCUUCCAGAGCGGACUCCAGAGAAUCCAUAUGGCUCGAUUGUCGAAGACCGCUUGACGAACUCGCUGAAGAUCAGCACCUUUGUUGAGUAUUAUCACACUCUUCACAAAGCAGGCCACUUUUACCCCUACGAUCCGUACUUUGACUGCUUCAUGCUUUUCCAUCCUGGUCUAGGACAUCCUGCUAGCUCACAUGAAUGGGAAGAAACCAUUCCACAAUUAUUAGAGACCAAGGUACCCAUCCUGGUCACAGGAUACACGCAAUACGACAUGGAACGAGACAUUGACUGGGUCAAGAAGACUGUUGGUGGAGAGAUGGACAUGCUUAUGGAGCCAGGAGAGAACCGGUUCAGGAGCUUAAGGUGGGACCUCAAUGACCUGGACCCUCAAGAUAUCAGCUGUGGUAAUUGGGGAGUCUGGGCCUUCAGAGGAAAGAGAUACGAGACGACAAGAAAGGAUGCAGAGUAAUCUUUGGGUGAUGUGAUGAAGAAAUACUUGUAUAUCCGACGACUGUAAAUACCAUUGUAUUUUGUGCUGCUCGGCAGGCGGGAUUUGUACAAUAGGACCGGGAG